UAAUUUAGUUGGUCCAAUGGGUGAUACAAAAGAGGAAGAAAUUCAAGAAAAUUAUCAUUUCUUCUCCUUUAAUAAUACAAAUAUAAUCACGCUGAUUGAGAUACCGGGCGAUGAAUCAAUUGCACGUUUGAUAAUACGAGAUGCUACAGGUCGUUAUGCAUGGGAUUUGAAGCUGUUCUACAAAGCUUCUCUGGAUGAUUCGUCCAAUUGUCAUGCUGGUGGAUUGCGAUAUGUUGGCGUGACGGAUCACUUUUCUUUCAGACAAAACAUUAAGAUCGAAAAAUUAAUGGAAUCAACAAAUAAGACAAAUCUAGAGAAAACGACCCUUGAGCAGCGUAUUUCAUCACCAAGUGAUAAUCCCGUUUCUACUUCGGAUAAUAAUAUUCCAAUAUGGACAGAAAACAACAACAACAAUUCAGAAGACAAUAUGCUAAAUAAGCUUCUUGAAUAUAUUGGAGAAAAUCAUCCGGACUGCGAGGUAUUUCCCGGUAUUAAUGAACUAAACGUUCUUAAUGAAUCGAUUCAUAAUGAUCCUGCACUCUCGCGUAUUGAAAAUCAGUUGGAUAGACAUAUAAAAGAAGAAGCUUGUUAUCGCACUGCGAUGGAUCCUCAUGCAAAAUCUUGGUAUGAUUCUGUAAUGUCAAUCCGAAAUAAUAUCUUUCACGUAUGCGAAAACAAUAAAAUUGCCAUUAAAGUUUCGAAAACGCCACUUUACUCGCGGUCAACUUCUCAUCUUUCCCUUGGUGCCGAUUUCUCAUUAUCUCGAUCAUUCCUUCCGGUUUUACCUCCCGAAGCUGAAAAGCCAAAUGAACCGUAUCAACAAUGUCGGCUGUUCUUGAGUCAUUUUGGAUGGCUUGGUCUUGAAGCCUUGAAAGAAAAUUCGAUCCAUUUAUUAAACAAAACCCCGGCUUUUUUCCGCGAUAUUCGCCUUCUCGACAAGAAACAUCCACGUGAAGUGGUAAAAAUCGCCCUCAUUUAUGUUGGACCAGGCCAAGAAGAUGAACAAAGUAUAUUACACAACACUAACGGUAGUCCAAUGUAUGAAGAAUUCGUUGCUAGUCUUGGAUGGGAAAUUGAUCUGGCGACGCAUCCAGGUUAUUUGGGUGGUUUAGAAAGAAAUUCAACUAAUGGUGCCACGGCUACCUAUUAUUGUUCUUCGACGUUAGAAAUAAUUUAUCAUAACGUAAUAAAAAUGCCUACGGACCCGACCGAUCCGAAACAACUAAAAAAGAAACGACAUAUUGGAAAUGACCAUGUUCACAUCGUCUGGAAUGAACAUUAUCGUGAUUAUCGUCGUAAUACGAUUGGUGGUGACUUUGGAAAUGUACAGAUAGUGAUCACCCCUCUGUCUAAUGGAAUGUUUGCUAUUAAUUUAUCACGAGAUCAAAAGAUUCCAUUGUUUGGACCAUUAUUAAAUGGAAUGAUCAUAUCACGCAAUGUAUUGGGCUCCUUAGUACGAAUGACAGCAGUCCAGGCUUUUCGUAAUUGCCUACAUCACAUAAAUGCGCCUAGUAAUACAAUGUUCCAACAUCCUUACAUAGAGCGUUUAGUAGACAUUACGAAGAUAACUGGACGUCAUAAGAAUAACAAGGGUAACGCAUUAGAAACAUUCAUGUCUCGGAUUUUUAUAAAUGACGAUGACUCUACAAUCUAUUACGUAUUACGCGAAUACGCGACUUCAUUUCUUCCACUAAAUCGAACAGUUGGUAUCAUGAAUGAAUUUUUCAAUGAACUCAAACAAUUUGGCACCCAACUUGAAAAGGAUUACCAAGGGCUUAGGUCCGUCAUAGAGAGCCCUCCUCUUUCAGUGCAUUCUGGUCACCAGGAAAAUUCACUCCGGAAAUUGUUAGCUGAAACAAAAUCGAUUAUGCGUGAUACACAUGAGUUAGAGCAAACUCCCAAUAUGAAAUACUCUUUGAUAAAUAUGGUAUUGGCAGUUGGCGAGGUUUACCAAAAGAUGCACGACAGCAUUGCUAUCUUGGAGGAAGGGCUGAGGCCGUAUGGCUAUGAAGCAUCUCUUAUUCGAUCAAUCAAUGGAUCUGGGAGCUCCUCGGAAGAGAUAUCGCCGCGUUCAAUUGCUCUUCCAGAAAGCGAUCCGGCAAGUCCAACUGAGUUAGCUGUAUUCAGACAACAAAACAUUGCACUACUCACACCUCCCAAGAAUAAAAAAUUCGAUAAAUUCAAUCUGGACGAACAAGAUAGUCCAACCUUGGAAAGUUUCGGCAUUUCGAAUCGCGCACUAGCUUUACUCAAUGACGGUACGCCCAUGAUGACAGACAGCAUCAAUAAGUCAUUUGAUACAAAAAGUCCGGUAGAAACACCUACGCUCACCCCAUCAAAGAUUGCGACACCGCCGACAACAUUCGAUAUAGAGACUAAUACUACCCCAAUUGCUUCACAACAACAAAAUUGCUUCAUUAAGAAAGAAGAUGAAUUCCCUUCAAAGUAUGUACAAAUACCUUUGAUCAAACCUGAAGAAAUGGAAUCUUUGGGAUAUCUUCGAUCACAACUUCCAGUUGAGUAUCUCAAUCAAGUUGUGGAUGAUAUUAACGAACUAAUCAGAGAAUACCAAGAUCUACCCGAAAAUGAGAACAGGAUAUAUGAUGAGAUAACUUAUGAUGAAUUGGUGCAUGAAGUUGGUGGUGCAAUUGCAAAUACAAAUGCUGUACUACUUGCGUUAAUGCAACUAAAUAGAAUAGAAGCGAGAUUGAGCGAUCAACGUGAUAUCCAGUUAGUCUGUUCUUAUUGGACACAUCUGGAAAAAUAUUCAUCGUAA